CUCAAGUGAUCACAAAUGAACGUUGUUGUCAACUGUCUUGUCUUCCUAUUCUCCUGGUUGCUGCUCAGAAUUGCCUACAUUUGCACAGCGUCUAUAAACUGUCCAAGCCUUCUGUGUGAUGAAGAACUGGAAGACUUGGAAACAAAGAACAGCCGAGGGAUCACGAGGAAGAGGAGGAGGGAUGGAGAGGGGGAAGUGUUUAAUCAAAGGGAGGAUGAAGAGGCGGGAGGCGAGACAGGAAGUGAAAAUAAGGAUGAGGAGGACAAAGAAACACAAGCUGGCAGUAAACAUGAGAUGGAGAUAACCCAGGUCUACUCCAUCCAGCGCUCCAUCCUCUACAGCACUACGGGUGGAGACCACAGCGUGAGCUUCUCUCAGGUGCCGGGGUCAGAGACUGUGGACAGCUGCCCACCACCACCUGCAAAGAAGAAGAGAAAACGAAUACCCUUCAGUGCUGAUCAGUUAGUGUAUUUAGAGGCCUUGUUCCUGGAGGACCAGUAUCCUGAUCUACAGAAGAAGAGGCUGAUCGCUGCAGCACUUGGUGUCACACCUGAAAAAAUGAGGAUUUGGUUUCAGAACUGCAGGACAAAAUUGAGGAAAGAGCAGAGCUCCAUCACAGCAGAGGUUGAACACAGACAGAGUAGAGCUGGAUAUAACAGCAGCCCCACACAUCAACCAGUUAACUCCACCAUACCCACACAGGCACCUAACAGUAAGGGAGCUCCCUCUUUUUCUGGUAACUUUGCCACCAAGGUGCCCCAACUCACCUCCAGAGCACCUUCUUUCCCCACCCUGUCCAACCAGACUGUGCCCUCCCACAGCAACCUGCAGGCCAGCCUCAGCAGCCCAGGCCAAUCCAGGAUGAGAGAUGGGGGCCAGCAGCAGCUUUCAUCUCAGAGGGAGUUGGCAGAGUACCACCCACACCCCAUGCACAGCCCUCCCCCACUGCACCGAGCCAGUGCCCCCCUUUUCACAACGACCUACAACCCUGCCAACCUGAUUCCACCCUUCGUUCACACCCUGGCCCACACCCCACCUCUGUUCCUGGAUGCUGUGGAGGCUGGCUCCUCGUUUGCCCAUUGUGACUCCCAGUCUCUGCAGACAGGCACCAGUAAGGGAGCUCCCUCUUUUUCUGGUAACUUUGCCACCAAGGUGCCCCAACUCACCUCCACAGCACCUUCUUUCCCCACCCUGUCCAACCAGACUGUGCCCUCCCACAGCAACCUGCAGGCCAGCCUCAGCAGCCCAGACCAAUCCAGGAUGAGAGAUGGGGGCCAGCAGCAGCUUUCAUCUCAGAGGGAGUUGGCAGAGUACCACCCACACCCCAUGCACAGCCCUCCCCCGCUGCACCGAGCCAGUGCCCCCCUUUUCACAACGACCUACAACCCUGCCAACCUGAUUCCACCCUUCGUUCACACCCUGGCCCACACCCCACCUCUGUUCCUGGAUGCUGUGGAGGCUGGCUCCUCCUUGGCCCAUCGUGACUCCCAGUCUCUGCAGACAGGCACCAGGUCUUUCUUUGACUUUGGGGAGAAGCUCGGCGAUCUGACUUCAAGCCAGCAGAACAACAACCUCCCCUAUAAGCUGCAGCCCUCCUACCCCAGCAGCCAGCCCCAGCAUCAACCUCAAGCAUCUCUGCCCUACAUGGCAUACCUCCCCCCCCCCCCCUUACCCCACCCACACUCCCCCAGAUUCUAACCCUACACCUUACCUGACCUUUGGACCAGGAGGAAACUCCACUGGCAUGGUCACCAACUUGACUAGAGGUCACGCCUACUUCCAGUCCCAGAGCAGAGGGCAGGUCCUGCUGCAGUCUGCAGGCCAUCAUGGUGGGAUGGCAGAGAUCACUCCAACCAGGGCUUCAUCCCUUCUGCCUUCUCAGGUCAGCCCUGCCGCUCCAGAAUGCCCUCCAGCGCCCCCUUGUGUCAAGAUUGAGUAUGAUGAGUAUUUUGAAUCCCUCUCCAUUUUGAAUUGAAAGUUCCGUUCUAGAUCUGUGUUGCACGAGUGUUAGAUGCCUAUGUUAACUGAUACUAGUGACGUUUUUGGUUAAAAUGUUUUUUGUAUGUAUGAAUGCACUGAAUUAUUUGCGUCCUUUCAUCUGUCCUGCCAUCGCCCCUGCAGAAGUGAUUUCAACUGUGAAGCCUUGACAUUGUAGGAUGAUAAAAAAAAUCUGAAUAAAAGGUCGUUUCUACUGCG